ACGCACGCACGCAGCUUUAUGGCGUCAGCUCAUGGGAAGUUUGACGGCCGCUUUCGAAGCUUCUUACGUGAUCGAAAUAAAGCCCCCGAAUCCAGCCAAUGAACAAGCAACGAAUAUGUGCAGACUUUCAAAGCCUGACUUUGAUGGCUGUGACGAGGCCGAUGACGGUCCUUUGUUUGCUUUGCUCGAGACGUUUGUGCUUUUCUCGGGCCGACUGGCGGAUUGUCUUCAUUUGCGUUGUUUGGCUCGCUCGCUUGCAUCUCUUCACACUUGCAGCUCCAGCUCGGCUCGAUUCGGCUCUGCUCGGCUCGCAUCUCUUCACACUUCCAGCUCCGACAGACAGCAGGCAGACUUCCGACUCGUCUUCGAGAGGCACAAUGAAGUUGGACCUCAAGCUGCUGUGCAUGGCCUUGGGCCUCGUCUUCUGCGUUGAUCAAAGUGCGGAAGUGACGCCAUGCGACCACGCUGGAUCUACUGAUGACAAGAAGUGCCAAGGCAAGCGGGGAGGAGCGCUCGCCUUGAAAGCCAAUGGCGCUACGGGUCAAGAUAAUGUCGUCUGGACGAAGGAAGGAUCCCCACCUGAAACAAUUACGCCCGCCGCUGGCAAGUACGCGAAAAGUGAACCAAAUGAAGCCGUCCUGACGAUCCUAAACCUGAAAGGCGACUCCGAGGGAAAGUACACGGCCAGCGACGCAGGCAUCUCAACAGCGCAAAAGUUCAUCGUCCAAGUGGCAGACUGCUUUGGCAGCGCAACAGACGUGACGUGCGACGGCAAGGCGACUGGUGAGCUCUGGCUGAAAGCCAUUGGCCCUGCCAACGGCAGUGUCACCUGGACGAAGGAAGGACCCACACCUACAGCUAUUGAAGACGAGGCUGGCAAGUACGCGAAAACUGGAGGAUUCAAGUCCACCCUGAAGAUCCUAAACCUGGGGAAGGAAUCCCAGGGAACGUACGUGGCCACGGGUGGCAGCAUCGCUCCAGCAAAGCAAAAGUUCAUCGUCCAAGGUUUGAUGUUGCGCAAAAAGUCGCCGGCCGCAUGAAACCUUUUCUGCACCAUCUCUUUCCCACAGGGCACACAUGCAGACAGAAGGUGGCACAAUCAGGCAGGCCAAACAAAUGUCAACAAAUGCAUGCAAUUUUCAAGAGAAAAGUUGGUUGCAAGAUAAGAGCUCCAAAAUUCCAGUUGGCUUCCAAAACAUUUGAAAGCUCUCGUGAAACCUCUCCACUCAUUUGACACACAAAAGUUAGUCGUGCGACACAUGCGACCAAAUUUGGUCUUUUCGUUGAUCCGUCGUCCGUGUUGUCCAACCAUUUUGUAUUUAAUUGGCAGUGGGAAUUAGCCCAUUCAGCGCAGCUUUUAUUUUUUACAAACUGCACUCACGUCUCCUUAAGCGCUUUAAGUGUGUUAGGAACUUCUUUGGCCGCCUCUACUCGAUUCUCCACAAAUUUGGCGUAAAUGAGAGAGAGCACUUCGCCAGGCGCAAAAGUGGUGCGGCAAGUUCAAAUUUUGACAGCUGACGUUUUCCAAUUUGCUUUUCAUCUGCCAUUCCCAAGUGCCGGCCAUCAAAGCCAGUGACGACAGCGGCGGUGACGACAGCGGCGGCAAAGGCAACGUUGCCGGCAAAGGCAAAGGCAACGACCGCGGCGGCGGCAACGGCCUGUCCUACUCCCCUGCUCUGCUGGUGAUUGUCACUUUGGUCCAACUGCUGCUUCAGCUUGCCAACUAGAAGACAGCGAGUAGGCGCGGCGAGCGGAUGAGCCCACAAAAAGCAUCGCCGGCCUUGUGCCCCAUGCAAGUACACAUGUACCACCGCUAAGUUAAUAAGUUAAAGUGACGUUAAAGUCCGCAGUAAGCAUAUGAAUGACACUUGGAUUUUCUUUUGAUUGAAUUUGAUUGGCUGGCUGUCAUUGUGCUUCUUUUUGCUCUUAAGUAAUAAAAUAAUCAAACCCACCACGC